ACUUCUGUUUUCCUCAUUUAUUUCCCGUUUCCCCCUUUUUUUUUCUUUUUCUUCUUUUUUUCCUUUUCUCGUCGGAGACCUUCCUUAUCUCACCGUGAGUUUACCGGAAAACAGAUCACGCCGGUAAUUACAUCUCCGAUCUCGAAGUAGUAGCUGAGAAAAUGCUGAAUCAGAGGCUGAAACAAGAACAACAAGCAGCCUUGAUGCAGCAAGCUCUUCUUCAGCAGCAGUCCAUUUAUCACCCUGGCUUAAUAGCUGCUCCUCAGAUACCAAGUGGAAAUCUUCCUCCUGGGUUUGAUCCAAAUACUUGCCGCAGCGUGUAUAUUGGGAAUAUUCACCCACAGGUGUCUGAAACUCUUCUUCAUGAACUUUUUUCAUGUACUGGUCCUGUUGAAGGGUGCAAACUUGUAAGAAAGGACAAGUCAUCUUAUGGUUUUGUUCAUUACUAUGACCGUAGAUCUGCUGAACUUGCUAUUGUUACUCAAAAUGGAAGGCACCUGUUUGGGCAGCCUAUUAAAGUUAACUGGGCAUAUGCCAGUGGACAGAGGGAGGAUACUUCAAGUCAUUUCAAUGUAUUUGUUGGCGAUCUGAGCCCAGAAGUUACUGAUGCCAUGUUGUUUGCUUGCUUCUCUGUUUACCCUAGUUGCUCUGAUGCUAGGGUAAUGUGGGAUCAGCAGACUGCGCGUUCUAGAGGUUUUGGAUUUGUUUCUUUCCGGAACCAACAGGAUGCCCAAAGUGCAAUCAAUGAUUUAACUGGGAAAUGGCUUGGUAGUAGACAGAUACGUUGUAACUGGGCUACGAAAGGUGCUAAUGCAAAUGACGAGCAGGGUUCAGAAGCCAGAAGUGUCGUGGAAUUAACUAAUGGAUCAACAGAAGAUGGUAAAGAUCCAGCAAACAGUGAUGCUCCUGAGAACAACCCACAAUUUACAACUGUUUAUGUGGGUAAUCUUGCUCCUGAGGCAACACAACUCGAUCUCCAUCGCCACUUUUAUGCCAUUGGUGCAGGAGUGAUAGAGGAAGUUCGGGUUCAACGUGAUAAAGGAUUUGGUUUUGUGAGAUACAGCACCCAUGAUGAGGCAGCUUUAGCAAUUCAAAUGGGAAACGCCCAAUCAAUUCUGUGUGGGAGACAGAUUAAGUGUUCUUGGGGCAACAAACCAACACCACCUGGAACAGCUUCGAAUCCUCUUCCACCACCAGCUGCAGCGCCAUUUGGCCUGUCUGCCACUGAUCUUUUGACUUAUGAACGGCAGCUAGCUAUGAGCAAGAUGGCCGGUGUUCAUGCCCUCAUGCAACCUCAGGGUCAACAUCCUCUGAAGCAAGCAUCAAUGGGAAUGAGUGUUUCUGGAGCAAGCCAGGCUAUAUAUGAUGGUGGUUACCAGAAUCUUGCUGCUCAGCAGCUCAUGUAUUAUCAGUGAUGUGCAGAAAUUUGGAUUGAUCGACAUUUCUUUGCCUUUCUUUAGGCUAGAUGAGUUUUUAUAAACCUCUAGGUUUUCUUAUGUUAUGCUUUUUAAUUCAAGGCUUGGUAAUGCGGUACUUACAUGUAUGAAUAUUAUGAGGUGCACGUUUUGUGUCUUUGAUUUAGUAGGGUGAGUGUUUGCUGUGUUUGUUCCGUUAUUCUUGUUCAUAGAUUCUUCCUGCAGCAGUAGCACAGAUUCUUCAUGUGAGAGUUGCCUAUUUCAAACUUUAUAACUAUUUUCCCCAUCUUCGGUGUACUUAAUUGAAAUGGUUGUUUUAUUGAAGUAUGUUGAGGCAAA